AUGAAUAUCAGUACCGUGACAGAGGAGUACGAGGCAGGAAAUUUUAUUCCUCUGCCUAUCCUUGUGGUCUACAUCACAUUCGGCACCAUAGGGAUUCUCGGUAAUGGCCUCGUCCUGUACGUUAUUGCCAAGGUCAAAGAACUCCAGGAUACCACAAAUCUUUUUAUUGCCAACCAAUCGCUCAUCGAUGGCAUGUCCUCGAUAUUUCUCAUUGCCAUAUUUGUAGUCCCGAAUCCGCCCUUGCCCGAAGAUAACUUGACCCUGGCAAAGUUCCUAUGUGGGUUCUGGUACUCCCAGUUUCCGUACUGGUCUUUGCUGAUAUCAACGCUCGUAAACCUGAUGAUCCUUACUCUGGAAAGAUACUUUGCUGUAGUGUUCCCUAUCCGCUACAGAAGAUACAAUACUUACAGGUUGGUGGUUGGUUGUUCCUUGAUUCCUUGGGCAAGUGGAUUCCUUCAUCAGACUUAUCUCAUCACCCUGACUCGGGUAGAAGGCCAGAACUGUCUGCUGUACGUAUGGCCCAACAAAACUCUGCAGCCUGCCAUGGGCAUCUACACGUUCGUGAUAUCCUUUGUAGUUGCCUUUGCUGUGAUGUUCUUCUACUACAUCCGCAUAUGGCAGACACUGCGAGAGGGGCCUACCAAAGAAGACAGUUCCGUUCACCAGGCGUCAAAUCUUCGACACCGCGCCCGCAAGAAUGUCCUCAAGACCAUGGUGUCUCUGAGCUUAUGCUACGCGGUCUGUUGGGCACCGAACCAAUUCACCUACCUCCUAUACUGUGUCGGUGUGGGUAUUGACUUAACUGGAACAUUCUACUUCGUAACAGUCUGUAUUUCCUUCAUCAACAUUUGGAUCAAUCCGUUUAUCUACACUUUCCAAUACCAUAAGUUUCAGCAUGGCCUAAAGACCAUCUUCGGCUGUUCAAGAAAUCACCCAGACACCCAGGUAAACAACUUGGGAAUAGCAGCACCGGUGCAUGGUUCUUCAGAUCCAGCUCCAGUUGCAACCAUCGCGGUGGCUAGCAUUUGA